AUAGACUCUUGGCAGAGUUGCGCUUCAAGAGGGAAAACCAGUAAGAGAAUAAUUGCUUUAAAGUCAAGUCCCUUAACACUGAUAACAAUAAUUGGAACUGUUAGCGGAAUUUUACAGCUGGUGUAGUAUUGGUGACUAAACUAAUGUGUACCAAAUGGGAGUAAUCGACAUACAAACAUGAUACAAAACAACUGGAAGGACAACAUUACCCAAUGAGAGUGCACAAUGUGAGUGUGAAGUGAAAUUUGCGGCUCCGUAUCAUCAUGACGGGGGUCACGGUGUGCUGUGGGACAGUGAAUUCCAUCAAGGCUCUAUGGGAAACCAGGAUAAAGAAAACCAAAGAUGACCUGAAGAAAGAGAAGGAGCAAAAAGACAGAAGAGCAGUGGGUAGGUUGACAGGUGCCUGGGAGGAUCGAAUCAUUUUGGCCAAGCUAAAGGAAAAAAUUGUGACAGAAGAAGGACGUGUUAUCCUACGUAUUGAAAAAGAGGAGUGGAAGACUCUUCCUCCAGCUCUGGUCCAACUCUCCCAGAUUCAAGAAUGGCAGUUACACCGAAUUGGACUUCAAAGAAUCCCACGGUUUAUCUCAAGCUUUCAGAGCCUAAUCGUCUUGGACUUGUCUCGUAAUUCAGUCACAGAGAUUCCUAAAGAGAUCGGUAAAUUAACGCGGUUAAGAGAGCUGUUGUUGAGCUAUAACAGAGUGAGUUACGUACCAGAAGAGCUUGGUUGUUGUGAAAAUUUGGAAAAACUGGAACUUGCAAUGAAUCGAGAUCUAGACGAGCUGCCCACUCAGCUUAGCAAUCUAAAGAAGCUGUCCCACUUGGACCUCUCCAUGAACCAAUUCACCACCAUUCCAGAUUGUGUGGUCAACCUUCCUUCCCUAGAGUGGCUCGACAUGGGCAGCAACAUACUGGAGACUUUGCCAGACAAUAUUCACAGAAUGGAGAAACUUCACACACUGUGGCUUCCAAGAAAUGAACUUGAAUACCUGCCAGACAAUAUCAGUCGCAUGAAAAGUCUGGACACGCUAGUUUUGAGCAAAAAUAAACUACGAGACAUUCCUCCGCUUAUGGAGGGCAUGAGCAACCUCAGGUUUGUGAACUUUCGAGACAACCCUUUGACGUAUGACGUGACACUUCCUGAUUUAAAUGAGGAUGUAGAGGAGGAAGAGAACGACAGGGAGAUGUUUGGUCGCGAGUUUAUGAACUUCUACAUCCAAGAGGCCCGGAAAAGAGGAUCCCAAAAUUUCACUUCAGUGCUAAAUGUGAUGCUGGAGGGUGUGUCAGAAACGGCAUAGUCUUUGUGACUUGCAUGUUGGCUUCUGUCCGCUUUCCGGGCUGAUCUUCCAGUCCGUCGUGUCAAGUUUCGUCAAGUCCUGUGUUCUUUGUAUUGAUUGUUUUGUUGAGUCUUUUGUUUGAUCUUGCUAGUAUAACUGAUGUUUGUGGAUAUGCUAAAACCAAAAUAAAAUCAAAUAUAAAAAUCCAUAAA